CUAGCUGGCUAGCUGUAACCCAAUCCCACCAAUUUCCCCUACUUCUACAUUCAUUCAUUAUCCUCUUUCAUCCUGCAUGUGACUCUCUCCCUCUCUCUGUCUCUCUGUCUCUCUCUCUCUCUCUCUCUCUGAAGACCCAUCACUCUCUCCCCACACCCCAUGGCUCUUCCACCUCCACUCUCCCUCCUCCUCACCGCCCUCCUCCUCCUCUUCCUCUCCACCUCCCUCUCCCGAGCCCAGACCGACAGUACCCCAACCCUCCGCCUUACCACCCAAUCCCUCGACUGGCCCUCCAACGACUUCGCCAUUUUCGACGACGGAGACAUCGACGGCAUCAGCACGGAAGCCGACCGGAGGUCUCUUUACUGGACAGCAAGGCACUAUUACAUCUCCUACGGAGCUCUGUCGGCGAACAGGAUCCCGUGUCCGGCGAGAUCGGGGAGGUCUUACUAUACCCACAACUGUUACAGUGCCAGCGGGCCCGUUCGACCCUAUUCGAGAGGCUGCUCUGCAAUCACUCGUUGCAGAAUAUAGAGCCGGCUGCGGUACUUGGGUGGUUGUGUUUCGGAUUUCUUGAUUGUUGUUGUAUUUUCGUGGUUCUUGGGGUUUUGCUCGGAUUUCUACUAGGAAAUGUGGGAAUGUGAGGGAAUUGGAUUGUGCAGAUUCUCAGUAAUGUCUAUGCUAUAUUGAGGAUUAAAGUGGGUUUUAUUUGAA